AUGCUCUCGCCGUCCUGCCAACCCGGGGCCGCUUCGGAAAAGGGCCUCUCCAACGGCGACUGCGACGGCAAGCCGGCAACAUCGUCGCCGCAUCCGCCGCACAUUUCCCUCGACAAGGAUCACCUCGACGAGAAGCGCGUCGAUGUCGUCGCAGAGGAGACAAGCUCGCUCGCCAGCGACGAGCACGUCAUCACCACCGGCCAGGACGUGUCCGACAUGCUCAUCAGCGACCGCGACGACGGCGACGCGUGCUGGACGCUGCGCAGCGUCCUCCUGAGCCUCGUCGGCGCCUCGUUCCAGGCCGUCAUGACCGUAAUCUACCGCUUUAAGCCGACGCAGGUCGACAUCUCGUCAACUUUUCUCGUCCUCCUCAUCUGGGCCCUCGGCGUCGCCUGGGCCAAGCUGCUCCCCACCCGCGACAGCCUCGAGCGGCGCUACGGCAAGGGCAGGCUCCCCGCUCGCAUCGUCGCCCUCGCCCACGCCGUCAAUCCAGGCCCGUUCGGCCUGAAGGAACACGUUGUGGCCACCAUCGCCGCCACGUCGGCGUCGGGCGCAUCCCAGGCCAUCGACGUCUUCACCACCCAGAAGCUCUUCUACCCCGCCAACACGGUCACUGCCACCACCGCCGUGCUGGGCACCGUCUCGAUCAGCAUGUUCGGCUACGGGCUCGCUGGGUUCUUCAGACCCAUUCUCGUGUACCCUUCUCAGAUGGUGUUCUGGUCCCAGCUGCCUACAAUCGACGUCUUCCAGGUGCUCCACUGGGGUGAAGUCGCCCGCAACGCCCGGCGCACGAAGAUAUUCUGGUUCAGUCUGGCGGGAAUGGGCGUCUUUGAGGUCUUCCCAGCUUACAUCGCGCCCUGGCUCAACUCGAUCUCGGUGCCCUGCCUGGCCGCCAUCAAGGCCACCGGCCAGACGGCGCGGACCCUCACCAACGUCUUCGGAGGCUCCAACUCCAACGAGGGCCUCGGCCUGCUGAGUGUCAGCCUCGACUGGCAGUACAUCACCAGCAGCGCCACCUCGCUCCCGCUCAAGCAGCAGGGCAACGCUUGGAUCGGCAUCGCCAUCUGCUACGUCGCCAUGGCCGCCAUCUACUAUAGCAACACCUGGUCCGCCAAGACCUUCCCGUUCAUGUCGACGUCGCUCUUCUCGUCGGACGGGUCAAAGUACCCGCAGAACUCGGUGUUCGUCGGCGGCGUCCUCGACCGCACGCGGCUGGCCCAGCACGGCUUCCCCUCGGUCGCCGGCACGUACGCCUGGGGCAUGCUGGCGCGCAACCUGGCCAUCGGCGGCAUGAUCGCCCACGUCAUCCUCUUUUGGGGCAGGGACGUCAUCGUGGCCAUCAAGCAGAGCCGGAAUCGCAGCCAGCCGGACCGCCACUGGAUCGCCAUGCAGCGCUACCGCGGGGCGCCGUGGUGGUGGUACGCCGCGUGCAUCCUUAUCUCGUUCGUCCUCGGCCUCGUCAUCUCGAUCACGGAGAACACGACGCUGCAGCCGGGAAGCUACAUGGGAUCGCUCGCCGUCGGUUCCAUCAUCGCCCCCUUUUCCGCCGUCCUCUACGCCAUCCUCGGCAACGGGAUCAGCACCAACCAGCUUGUCAAGAUGGUCGCCGGCGUCAUCUCGCCCGGCAGGCCCCUGGCCAACCUCUACUUCUACGCCUGGUCCCACGAAAUCAUCUCGCAGUCGAUCAACUUUUCCGGCGACCUCAAGCUCGGCCAGUACCUCAAGAUCCCGCCGCGCACCAUGUUCGUGACCCAGGUCAUUGGGACCAUCUACGGUGCCGCCGUCUCGUACGCUGUCAUGACGUCGAUUGUCUCGCAGAAGCUCGAGGUGCUCCUUGACCAGAACGGCAGCAGCGCCUGGUCGGGCGCCUACUUCCAGUCGCUCAACGCUUCGGCCGUCACCUGGUCGCUAGCAAAAUACAUGUACGGGUCCAAGACGCCGUACUUUGUGAUCCCCAUGGCCGUCCUCAUCGGUAUGGCCGCCGUUGUCGUCCACUGGAUCAUCCACCGUCGCUUCCCGACUGUGGCGGGCUACUCGACGUCGGACCUGGUGCUGCCCACCGUCUUCCUCUACUCGGCCUGGCUGACGUCGGGCCAGAACUGCAUUAUGCUCUCCACCAUCCUCGUCGGCGUCGUCUCGCAGGUCGUCGUCCGCACCCGCUUCCCGCGCCUCUUUCGCGACUACAACUACCUCGUCGGCGCCGGGCUCGACGGCGGCGCGCUCAUCGCCAUGUUUGUCCUGUCGUUUGCCGUCCUUGGAGCUGCCGGCCGACCCAAGCCGUUUCCGACGUGGUUUGGCAACGCCGAUGGCUACGCGGACCACUGCCCAAAGCCCCACUCGUAG